AUGCCGUCUCAAUAUAUACCUGACGGCUCUGUGGCCCCAAAAUUUGAAGACAUCGUCUGCAGCACUAGCGCCACAAAGGCAGUGACAAUAACCACCUGGGUUGAAGUGCUCACAAUGAACCCAGUCGCCUUCUGGCUCGCCACAAGCAUCUUAAUCUGGCUGACCAUCACCAUCGUCAUCGUCGCAUCCGUACAGAGGAAAUACCACGCCGGCAUGAUGCGGAAUGUGGAAUGCAUUGCUGACGUACUUAUUCCCAUCGCUGGUAGCGAGCGUCUACUCGAAAUAAUUAGAAGGCAAGGCAUGAAUGACUUAAUCAAGGACAAGAUUUUCAUAUGA